UGUGCUGUUGCGGCUUCCGGGAGAGAGCGUGCAGACGAAGCGCUUGCCGCAGCCGUCCGUCCGCCGCCAGUCCGCAGCCGACCUUGAAAGCGCGCGAAAAACCGAGCGUGCGGUGUGCGUCGAGCCGAGUGCGUCGAACGCGGCGCAGCACGACUCGUCCAGCGCGGGAGGUUCCGACUGCCUUCUCUCGGUCGCCACCACCCGUCCCCCGCUGCCAACCCGGAGUCAGCGUACGAGCUCGGACGCAGCGCGAGUCGUGCACGAGCAAAAGCUUCUCCGUCUAGUUCGGCAACGCACGUUCAGUAUUGCCAUGGGCCUCAAGAAGGUUAUCAAGUGGGCCCUGGUGUGCGGCCAGCGGAAGAUGCAGCCCCGGAAGUCGCCCAUGCACUUCGUCUGCAGCAAGUCGUACGCUGACGGAAAUCGGGAGACACGGCGACUGCUGGUUCUCCUGGAAGACCUUCGGCAGCUGUAUGCCGCCGCGUGGGGCAAGGUGAUGGCCAGCCUGGAGACCUGCUUCGACGCGAUGCAGGGCCGCGAGCCGGGCCUCCUAAAGAGCAUGUGCUCCGUGGUGCUGCUAUGGGUGCAACUGGGUGACACAGUGGCCAAGGACUUCGACCCUGACCUGUGGCGCCAGCCGACGCUGCAGAGCAUCAACGACCUCAACGACGCCCUUCUGCGACUCUGGAAGGUCGCCAUGGACAAGACCGCCGAACUCGUCUACAAGAUCAUUCCCGUGACGACGGCGGACGUCGCCAUGGUGAUCGAGAAGGAGUACCAGGCGUGUCGCCAGGAGACGUGGACGCUGUUCCAGGUGACGCCGGAUACGCUCGAGAACUACGUGGACACGCUCAAGCUGUACACGAGCAACGUGUCGCUCUGGCACCUGGACGAGCGGAAGUUCCUCAACACGGACGCCACGUUGGUCAAGUCACUGAGCCAGUUGAACAUCGCAGCUUCCUAACCCUAACUUUUGAGAAGGCCCCGCCGCCUUGCGGACCGCCGAAGACAGGGCGCGAUAUGUAUGGUGGUCGCGACCAGACUGAAUCAGGAAUGCAACUAGUCCUUUAAGUUAAGAAAUCCAUUGUGCGAAUGCCUAAAGCAUGAAAAACGACCGCAUGCCAAAAAAAAAAAGGCGAGCCCGAGUUUGCGCCCACUGUUAGUCGAGUCACGUUAUUACCGUAGGUGUGCAGGCUCGAGGCUCGUGUUAAUUGUUUAUUGACAUUGGAAAUCGACUUUAGUCGUCUGAUUUUCGGCAAUGUGCAUGUUUUUAACUGAGUGCUAGCGAGAUUUUUGCAUUGUGUAAAACUUUCACCGAGAUCCACACCACGAACAUUUGCACUUAUCACUCUGACAAAAAAAAUGACAAAAGUAAAUCUAGUUUAUUUCUCAUCUAUGUUUAGUGUAAGUUAUUGCCUGUGGCAUCAUUUUGCUUGAAGCUAUGCGAAAAAAAGAAACAAUUAAAACACGAGGUUCUUAGCACUAAAUGCGUUGAAGAUUAGUGAAUAAAUGGCAGAUAAGUCCAGACUUUUAAAAAAAGAAUUUUUGGAUUUUAAGCUCUGGUGUGGACUGGCAUGAUUCUUCACGAUAGGUCAAUGAUUCUUUUCGAAGUUUCCCUGUCUUCUUUUUUUUUUUUCGUAUAAUUCCAUCAACUCAUUAAAGGAUAACAAGCCCAUGUCACACCGCAACAUUUGUGACUCGCCAUUUUCGCACGACGCGUGAGACCAGCACCGUUCUGGACCAGAUCUGCGUUGGUUCUUUGUAAAUAAAACUGCCGAACUACGUGAUCUGCGAUACAACGUUGUCGCGCACCGCCAUAUUUGUACAAAACAAGAUGUUCCGUCGAUGUUCUGCGUAUGCCGCCAUGUGUGUUUGUGGAUUUGUCUGUAUGUGUAAUAAAGAAUAAUAAAGUGCAAAA